AUGGACCAGAACACGAGAGAUAUCAUCAUGAGAGAGUUCAGGUCUGGCUCGUCCCGUGUGCUCGUCACCACUGACCUUUUGGCCCGUGGUAUCAAUGUCCAGCAAGUCUCUCUGGUUAUCAACUACGAUCUCUCGACUCAGUCGGAGAACUACCUCCACCGUAUCGGAAGAAGUGGAAGGUUCGGGAGGAAAGGUGUGGCCAUCAACUUCGUGACUCGUGAUGAUGAGAGGAUGCUGUUUGAUAUUCACAAGUUCUAUAACGUGGUUGUUGAGGAGCUGCCUUCGAACGUUGCCGAUCUGCUGUGA